AUGUUCUCAAGGACAGCACUAUCAGCGGUCGCCGGACAGGCACUUCGCCCUCGCCGCAACCCGCUCCUCUCGCCACGAUUCGCGGUUCUGCAAAAGUCCUUCCUAUCGACAGAGACCCGACAAGCGAUCGAUAAGGCCGUCGCAUCAGCACCCGUUGUGCUUUUCAUGAAGGGAACCCCCGAGACGCCGCAGUGUGGGUUUUCAAGAGCGAGCAUUCAGAUUCUGGGGCUGCAGGGUGUGGAUCCGACAAAGUUUACGGCGUUCAAUGUUUUGGAGGAUGAGGAGUUGAGGGCAGGAAUCAAGGAAUACUCAGAGUGGCCGACGAUCCCGCAGCUUUACGUGGACAAGGAGUUCAUCGGUGGGACUGACAUCUUGAUGUCGAUGCAUCAGGACGGGAGUUUGGCGAAGUUGUUGGAGGAGAAGGACAUCUUGAUACCAGCCGAGAGCGAUUCCAGCAGCAGCUCUUGA